AUGGACCAAGAUGAUGUUAGUAAGAAACAAAAACCCUCCUCACGCGACGCAGUGGGUGCGAGUUCCUCUUCUUGCUACAACAUUGACAUCACUGAGAGACUUGAGACUAACAAGCAGCAAAAUUUGGUAUUUGUGGACACUUCAAUAAACACUCUUAAUCGUGAAGAAUGCGAAGCCGCUUCGGAUCGAGAGAUGUUUUCUAUGAGUGCUCCUCGUACGAGUGUUCACAGACAUUGGCCGGGUCUCCACCCGCCGCCAUCAUCAGAAUCAUUCGCCAAGUCUGCGGCGGUGAAAUCUGUACCUAUUGCGUAUCCGCAAUCCAACCACAACGAUGAGCGUGAGGCGGAUGGUUUGGUGGAAGUACGCGUCGUACGUAAUGGCACCAUAACGACAGAGGCGGUGGAUCCGUACCGGUUAGCACGGCUCUAUGCCCAGAGGCAGGCCGCGUUGGAGCGCGUGCGAGGGAAAUACACCUCUUUAGAGGUUCCGGAGUGGGUGAGACUGCAUCCGCGUUUGGGAACUUACCUAGCUGAGUCUUUGGGGACCUUUGCGUGUACAUUAACCAUUUCGCUCGCGGCCGCUUCCAACAAGUCUAUCUUUUCCAUGUCAGACGACUCUAGCAUCAUGUGUCUACCGACAGGCUUCAUAUUUAUGAGCAUGAUAUCGGCAUUUUCCUACAUAUCAGGGGGACACUUCAACCCCGCCCUAUCCAUCGCCAUCGCGCUCGUUCAGAAGCUGAAGCUCGCGCACUGCGUCGGGUACAUCAUCUGCCAAGUCGCCGCCGCGUUUGGGGCUGGUGUGGUGGCGAUGUUGAUCCAAGGCAACAUGGACAUCUACGUCCCUAAGGUCAUCGAAUCGUUGGUGCUGAAGGGCUUUCUAUUGGAGAUGACCUACACGUUUAUCAUCGUGUUUGUGAUGCUUCACACCGGCUAUGGACAACGCCCUGGUCAGCCUCUGGCGGGGCUGGCGACGGGGAUGGUGAUGCUUGCGAGCGUCGCGGCGAUGGGGUCGAUAUCAAAUGGGGUGUUCAACCCCGCGGUGGCGACGGGCCUCCAGGUCGCGACCUGUCUUGCCGGGAGAUGUGAUAGCCUGGGGAGCUUUUGGGUGCAUUGGGUGGCGCCGGUUUCGGGCGCCGCCCUGGCCGCCCUCAUCUUCUCUCAAAUGAGGCAGCCAACAGAGGAUGACGAGGAUUUCGGUUCGUAG